AUCAAUCCGAUUUAAUGUUUGCAUUUUGUACAAUUUCCACUGAUAACAUCACACAACUUUUUCGUUCUUUCAUUGGAUAAACUUUUGCAUCAAAUGGAAUAUUUUCGAAAAUCGUACUAAAAUACUAUGGCUGAUAACAAAUAUCUUGGUAAAACGGCACCAGAUCUGGGUCGGUCUAAUGUCUACGACAGUGCGGGUGACGGAAAAACAUUUCAUUUGAACGAAAUCCCAAAGUGGAGGCUUGGAAAUAGUUAUAGUGCAGGAUUUGAUUACUUUUCAAAUACUGGAGAAAACAUAGCAGAAAGUGAUCAUGGAAUAAGUGAAUCCAGAAAACCAACCGGAAGUUAUAACAACAGAGCAUUUGCAAAAUCAACGAAGACCCUUUCAGCAACUCAAGAUACUAAAACAGCAGUAUCAAGUUCAACCAGACUUGAUCAAUCUGCCGACUACACAGACGAUGGAUCGUCACAUUCCAGUCAUGGUGAAAAUCAUCAGGAGGAAAAGAUGCUAACAUGGAGGAAAAUGUUAUUAGACCCUUUAACAGCUGGUCCUUUUCUUUCAAUGCAGUGGCCAAGGAUAUCCCUACGAGCUUCAUAUAAACGAAAAGAGCCAUACGUAGCUCCAGAUGAAGAAGAUGCAGAUCUAGAUCUAGAUCAAAAAGGAGAAAAGAUUACAAAACGAAGGACGAAAUGCACAAUACUUGCAAUCAUAAUAGGAAUUCUGCUUAUUGUCAUUGCAAUAGUGCCAGUGAUUGUUAUAGCAAAUUUGCCGCAAGUUAAAGUCAAUAUGACAGUUGAAGUUGUCGAGACCUUUACUGAGACUUUAAAAGAUCUAAACUCAAAGGAAUACAAAUCCUUCACGAAUGAGUUUUGUAAUGAGAUUGGCAAGGUUUAUAGAAAUAAUACUUCUGAAGCUUACCACGGAUGUAUAGUUUCAAGUCUCAAAAACGGAAGUAUUGUGGUAAAUUUCAUCACAUAUUUUAUUGAUACAACUAAACAAACGAUGGAAACCAAUACAGAACUUAUUCUUAAUAGUUAUCUUAACGAUACAUCGUCUAAGCUCGGAGCUUUUACUGUAAUACGUGUAGCUGUACAUGAUGUGUCAGUUGAAAGUUUAUCCAGUCCACCUACGGUGCAAAUAUUCAACCCUUUCGCAGUUUCAUCAACGUUAUCCAUCCUAGAUUCAGCUGAGACAUUAAAUGAACUAUCAACCGUGCAUUCAUCUUUUGCAAUGAUGUCAUCUUUAGAGAUAUUGUCUACCCUAAAAAUAGAAAAGUCCUCUUUGUCAAUGCAAACCAUUUCGGGGAGCAUAUCAGCGUCUCUAAGUGAGCUUUAUUACUCAGAUACGUCAGUUCUUUUAUCAACAGAAAAUACACCCUUAAUCAGCAGCGCAGUUCAAACAGAACUGUUAACAUCGAUCAUGACAUCGCUAAUCGAUGAUGAUAAAAUAUUAACAGCAAUUAGUGAUACUCUGAUAUCAAACUCAAUGUCGUCUACAUAUUUACCUUUUGAUUCCAUUCAAUCGACACUACUAAUUCAAAAUCCAACAAGUGUACUUACAACUGAAGUAUCAACGAUUGAUGAGAUGUCUGUACCUAUUUCAUCGACCAAUACAAUGUCAAUGACAAAUGGGUUUGCAACAGAACAGUCAAUGACAGUGGUAACGGGUCCAUCUACAACAGAAACAACACCAUCUCAUCACUCGACAGAAGACAAAACAACAAUGAAUAACUCAUUAACAGAUGAAACGACAUCAACAGAAGACACGAAUAUUUCAAACACAACCGUAUCAAAAAUGGAAACAACGACACAAGAGAUUACCUACUCAACAAAAGAAAACACGACAUUGUUCGAACUUUCAUCAAACGAAUCGUCAACAAUGGCACAAGAUAAAACAACACGUUACGAAACCGAUACAUCGACACCUAUUCCAUCUGAUGACGAAACUGCAUCAAGUACACCUUUAUUUUCAAACGAAACAAUGACCUCCGUUACUAUGCCGUCAACCAGUGAUAAUACAACACAAUUAACAGAAUACACAUCAAUGCUUAUUAACAAUUCAGUAACUGAAGAUACUGCACUGUCUCAAACUACCACACUCGCAGAAGAAACAACGACUAUAACUACUUCGUCCGCAGAUAUCACUAACACGUCUAUAAUGAUGUCUGCAACAUCAGUUACAACACAGCAAAACACGACAACAUUACGUAUAUCAUCAACUGAUGAUACAACAGUAACGGUUACUGUGCAAUCACCAACUGAUCAAACAAUGUCGACUGCAGAUAGUACAUUCAUAGAGCGAACGACUUCGUCUUCUAUAGUAAUAUCUAAUGAUACAACAACUUCAACGUCUUUAACAUCUACAGACGUCAACGUGACAUCUUUAUCGUAUUCAGAAGCAAUCAUGUUAACAACAAUUGGACCAAAUGCUACGACUACAGACACAUUGUCCUUAGGUUUCGUUUUGUCUUGUACUAAUGUAACGGCUGAGUUGUAUUCUGGACCACACGUUAUGACAUGCACCAUUGGAACAUCGUUUAUGUACGACAUAUUAUCAAUAAGGCGAGGAAAAGAUGAUAUUAAUCCCGAAUAUGCUAUAGUUUAUCAUAGAAAUGGAUCACUUUCACUUAAUUUAACAGAUGACGCUGAUAUUGUUAUUCAUUUUGAUGGAUCCAUGACACUCACGGUGACAUUUAAGAAUAUGUCACAUAAUAUUACAGGAAAAUAUGAUAUAGAAUUGGGAACAAUUUCUCACGAAUUAGUCAAUAGAACUGAAGGACAUGUCGCAGUACUUCAGUUUGAUGGACUCUCUUGCAAUAAUGUAUCGGAUGCCAAACUUAAUUCAGGACCAAUACAAAUGACAUGUACAAUACAUACUCCAGAACCGUUUGAUUAUAUCGGUUUCUAUCAUGGAAAUAGAUUAGAUAAUGAAUCGUACAGUAUCAUACUUCAUAAAAAUGGAACAACCUUUGAAGAACAAAAUUCAAACGAAGAUAUUGAAGUCACGAUUGACGGUCCACCACAAUAUAUUCUCACAAUAACAUUUUUAAACGUUUCUUGUGUGAUGCAUGGCAUAUACGGACUUGCGCUUAUUAGACAAACCUCAGGUGAAUUAGAGGAAUUUACAGGUACCUAUGGAUAUAUGCAAGUAACAAGUUCGUCUGAAAAACCAACUAUAACACUAAACGCAGAUCAAGUGGUUGACCUAGUUUUUCCCGAUGGAAAUUUCUAUCGGGGCGAUAACGUUCAUAAAUGCGAAGGUUAUGUUGGACACCCUUCUAGUACAUUGGAAAUAGACAUAACGCAUGAUAAUGGAACAAGCUUUGAACAGAUACUUGAUGAGAAUAUCAAUUUAACCCGUAGGGUUGAAUUCACUGGCUGCCAAAAUAUAGAAUAUCUUGAAUUUGCGUUAAGAUUUGAAGAAUCUAUGGAUGGGGCUAAAGUACGAUGUCGUGUAUCAAAUAGUCAGUUCGAUUUUGUACUAAGCGAUGCACUUAGUUUAAUUCCAAGAAAUAUUUGCAAUUGCGGGGAAGAUGAAAGUUUUCGAGGACACCCCAGUAACUGUCAAGUGAGAGUGUUUUGUGAAGAAGAAAAUGGUAUUAUCUAUCCGACUGGUAUUGCAUGCCCUUCAACCCAAUGUAGAAACAGUAUUACAGGAGAUUGUUCAGAUGACUGUUCCGAUUUAGUGUGUGAGAAAGCAGUUCCAUCAGAUUUUUGCACUACACCAGCACCACAGACGACAACGCCAACUCCAUCUUCUUAUGUUUCCUGUAAUAAUGUAAAUGUUCUGUUAAACUCUGGGCCAGCGUCAUUGAGCUGUGUAUUAAACGAUACAGCUUUUUCAAUGAUAAACGUGACAUUUACAAAGUUAGGAGAAUCUGAGGUGGUGACAAUAGCAAAUAUUUAUAGUAAUUAUACUAUUGUGAUGCUGACCAUGCAAGCUAUGAUUGAAAUAACUUUGUCAAACUAUAUCAUUAAUGUUACUAUUCUACAAACGAUCUGCGAAAAUGAAGGUACAUUUGGAGUUGUAAUGGAUAUCAAUGGUAUGUCAGAGAUGGUCCAAGGAAAAUUCACUGUCUUCAAUACUCCAGGUUCACCAGUUCUUACUUUAAGCGAGGAUCAGGUUAUUGAUUUAGGAUUUUACAGGGACACCGGUGCACAUUCAUGCACAGGGAUUGUAGGAUAUCCAACAAUGGACCUAAUAUUAGAAAUUUUAUAUGUCAAUACAACAAUAUUUCAUAAAAUUCAAGAUGCCAAAUUCAAAGAUUUUAAAAGAAAUACAAGUAUAUCGUCUUGUCAGAGCAGACAAGAAAUCACAUUUGGAUUAUUGUUCACAGCUGACAUGGGGGAAGCCACAAUACGAUGCAGACCUUUAGACGAGCUUGAUAAUGAAACUUUUGCUGAAUCGUCUUUGUCCCUUAUUCCAAGAGAUAUUUGUGCAUGUGGGUCACCAGGAUCUUAUCGUGGGCAUCCAGGCAGAUGUGACUCAAAAGUGUUAUGUGUAGAAGACAAAGGCAUUAUGUUUCCAAGAGGAAUUGCUUGUUCAAAUGGGGAGUGUCGUGACAGCAUUACUGGGAAAUGUUCUAGUAAUUGUUCAGAUGCAGUAUGUCAACAAGAAGUUCCUAUUGAUUUCUGUACGACAACAACGCCUCCUACAACAACUCCAUUACCGUCGAAAGAUAUAGCAUGCACUGAUACUUCAUCUCUUAUAUUUGCUGGACCAGUACAAAUUGUCUGUUCAGUGAAUAAAACAAUAUUUUCAUCGAUAAAUAUAACAUUCCAAAUAUCAGGAUCAUCAGAUCAUAUUCCUAUAGCUGAUAUUCAAGAAAAUAGACAAAUCAUGUAUUUAAAUGAUGCACAGAAUAACGUCAAUAUAAGUUUUGAGUUAAAAGUUCUCACAAUUACUGUUCAGAAUGCUUCAUGUUCAAAUGAUGGAAGAUUCAAUGUGGUACUUAAUGUGGAGGGUGAGGUGAAACAACCAUCUUCAGGACGUAUCACAAUAUUAACAAAACCGAAUGGAACCCCAAUCCUGCAACUUAAUCCUGAUCAAAUCGAAGGGUUAACCACAAUCAGAUAUGAUAGGCUUCAUUCCUGUAAUGCAAGCGUUGGAAAAGAAGCUGGUGAAAUAAUGGUUGAAAUACUUUAUAAAAGCGCCGACAAUUUUCAGACACUAAUUCCUGAGUACAUAGCUACCCCGAUAGACACAAGUACAAACUGUAUGAUUACAAGAACCUUACAUUUCUGGGUAAAUUUUACAACUGCAAUGAACAACGCAUCAAUCAGAUGUAGUGUAAAAAAUGACCAGUUUCCAACUGAUCCUUCAAUUUAUUCCAAUUCUGAACAGCUAUUCCUUAUUCCAAAUGAUUUCUGCAACAUUAACUACAAUGGAACUCAUAAUUACAAGCAUCCUACAGAUUGUAACAGAUUUGUGAAUUGCAAUGAUAAAAUCGUUUAUGGAAAACAAUGCAACACAGAACAAGAGUGUUUCAAUCCACAAAUAGAAGUAUGUGACAAUUGCGGAAAUGUUGAUUCGUGUCCUUAAAACGGUUUAAUUUUUUUGCGGUAGAAUCGGACAUAAUAGAAUAAAUGUAUUUGCACAUAUAUGUAAGAAAUUGUUGCUUAUUUACAUGACUUACUCAAGAUUAUAUAAAAGUUAUAUUACUUGUAUUUCUUGUGAAAUAUGCAAUAUUUUUUUUAUAGAAAAUAUUAAUUGCUCAUGAUAUAAUCACAUAAAAUAAUUUGUACUGAUUUUGUCAUUUCAUAAUUAUUCUUCCAUUCGUUGAUACUUUUUCAUUCCACUUGUCGAUUAUGCUUGACAAAUAUUUUCAAUGUCUAAUUAUCUACUAUCACCUUUUACACAUAAUUAAGUUUGUAAAUUGAUUAAUUUCAAUAUCAGUACAUAUAGUACUACAGGUAAAAUAUAGGACGUGCGAUAUACGUGAAAUCUCUUUACUACAGAAAGUUUGAUUAUCAAAAAGAUGAUCAUGUGUUGUUUUAAAUUCAUUGCGUUUAUGAUUGUAAUUUGUAUAAGACAACUUUAAAAUUGAUUUUUUUCUGUUAUGUAAAUAUCAACUUUGUUACCUGUUAAUACAAUGUAAAAACCACCUGUAAAUCUAAAUUUUAUUUCUUUUUGAUGUAAAGCCACUCUUCUCCUAAUUAC